AUUAGCGGCUUUGUUAAUCGAUUCGGCUUCAGCUCGGAAGUUGCUUGAGUAUUUCCCUGUAGGUAUCGAAAGUUCUUAAUCAUUGUGAUUUAGUCUGACGACGAUACCGGCCUCCACCCACAUCUCUUAGAGCUGCGUCCACUUCUAUAUGGGGGAUGCCUGGUCGACCCGUCUGUGUAGACAUGCACUCACUUCUCUCUGGAGAUGCCUGGUCGAUCCUUCUGUGUUCACCAGUUGCAAGAUGAAGGGAAUUUUCGUCCUAGUCCUUGUGUGGGGGACUUCCUUCUCACUUGGUAAGAAAAUCCUCCUUCUUCCGCUAGUGACCAGGAGCCACGUUCUACAGUUGAGUUCAAUCGGAGAUGGGCUUCUGAAGAAGGGCCUCGAAGUCCAUAUGGUGGUCCACUCAGGUCUGAAGGUCCCCAGUAAUAUCCUAAAGUCGGGCAUGAAAAUCAUACGAUACAAACCUAGUGAUGAAGAAUUAAAAAUGGACACUGUUGAGUUCCAAAAGAGCUUGGCUGAAGAAGGGAUGACUACCGUAAAAUUCCGCAAUAUGUUGAAGAUCAUGUGGAAAGAUAUUGAAAACAUGGCUGACACCCCCGACCUAAUUGAAAAGUUGAGAAAAGAGAAGUUCGACUUCGCAGUUGUUGAUAGCCCAGGUGGGUUUUUGCCCUGCCUUUACACGAUUCCAUAUAGACUGGGAAUAGAACAUGCAUCCAUUAGUCCAGUUAUGCCGUUCAAAACCUUGGCGAUGUCACUACAAGUUCCGUUUUUGAAUCCCACACAGUUAGACCCAACAUUUUCUAUGGUUUCCACCUUCUGGCAGCGUCUUAAAUCGUUCUUGUAUUUCAACAUGAUAACAGCGGUAUCGACGUGGACAUUUGAUGAGAGGAGAUUGAAAGCUACUUGUGAAACCCCGUUUGAGUCGCUCCAUGAUUUGAUGAUGAAGACACACCUUUGGCUGAUCGACCUCGACUCUUUGGUGGACGUGCCAAAACACCUGGCCCCAAAUAUAAUUCUCGUUGGCGGCAUUGUAACAAGCCCACCGCUUCCAUUAGAAGAAGAGUUUAAAGUUUUUGCUGACAGUGCCACUGAGGGGUUGGUGGUCAUCACAUUCGGUGGAACCAUCGGCUUCCUUCCAGUGGAUUAUGUCAACAGGAUCGUUCAGGCCGUCGAGAAGGUCAAGUACAAGGUCGUUUUCAGGCAAUUGACAAAACCAACGGUAAAAGUGCCUGCAAAUUUAAAGAUUGUUGACUGGGUGCCUCAGAAUGACUUAUUGGCUCACCCGAACACCAAAGUCUUCGUUACUCAUUGCGGCAGCAACGGCCAGCACGAGGCAGUGUAUCACGGAGUCCCUAUGCUAGGGCUUCCGUUAUGCACUGACCAAAUCUACAAUGCUGCAAAACUCACCCCCAAAGGUCUAGGGAGACAUCUAACACUCGCAACUGUCACCCCAGAGGAGCUAGCAGCCGCCAUUGAAGACGUUGCAACCAAUCCAAAGUACCGCGCCAACAUUCAGAAGGCUUCCAAGAUCUUCAAGUCCCGUCCAAUGGCACCUCGAGAGAGGGCAGCGUACUGGAUCGAACACGUAAUGGAACACGGCUCGGAUCAUCUUCAGGCUUACACGAAUCAGUUGGCCUGGUACCAGAUUCUCCUGCUGGAUGUUAUGGCUUUCAUACUCGUGGUCGUGUUGUUAGUUUGUUUCAUCAUUUACAAGUGUGUGAGGUUUAUAUGCAGAAGAUGCCCUAGUACAUCACGGAAGGAAAAGGUAAACUAAAACUGCAUCUCGAACAUGAUGAUAUGUAGGAAACGUCUCCCAAAACGCUGGCGAGGGAUUCUUUCUUUCUACUACGGUAAUUCUUGUAUAUAAAACGAGGUCAAGGAAAGCAGGUCGCCUUAUCACUUGCUGGUUGAGCAGCACAGUGAGAGGUUCUCAAAGCACAUUACGUCAUGCAUUACGAUCGAGAAGACCCAGCCGGUAAUCAGGGGUAACAAUUAUCGCUUUAAAGGAGGAUAAAACGUUCCAACCAUGCUUUGCCAAAUGUGCCAGAGUGACUUGCUAAAAAACGCACUUGAAGAGCAAAGUUUCGGCAGUCUCGAAAAGAUUGCGGGAGAUCCGGAGAUUUGGCAAAUAUUGUGCUGUUUUUGAGUGGUUUACCUGAGCCUUUCCCAAUACGACCACGCAAACUUUGCGCGAUGAUCUUGCAUGGUUGCUAAAAUUUGGAGAAAAUUUGCUUGGGUUUAGCGAUGCAUUGCUUUCAUAAAUAUGAAAAAUAAAAUCUUUUUAGUUUCA